AUGGGUCGUCAACGAUUGUUCAUCAUGUACUGCUUGGUCUUGAUCGUAGUUGCUCUCAAUAUCAUAGAGGCUGCAACUGCUGCAACAAUAUUCGAGGUUGGAGGCAGCCUAGGAUGGACCGUACCUCCGAACACCUCAUAUUACGCCACCUGGGCUAGCUCCAAGACAUUUGCCGUCGGCGACACCUUGGAAUUCAAAUGGAAUUCGACGCACAAUGUGUUGGAAGUGACGACAAAAGCUGAAUACGACGGCUGCACAAAGUCGAAUGGGGUACUUAAGGAAACCAGUCCUACAGUUAUAAACGUUACCGCUGGCACGCACUACUUCAUCUGCAGUAUCGGUACUCACUGUGUAAACGGCCAGAAGCUAGCUGUGACGUCCGUGGGAUCAGCCAACACACCCACAACACCACCCGGAUCCUCAGCCUUGCCCACUUCUUCUGUCGUCUUACCUGCAAUUCUGUCCACCACAGCCAUCUCUUUCUUGGUCAUCUUCGUUAUCUAA